UGAUACUGAUCAAGCGUCAGUUUAACAUUGACAUAUUGUAAACAUUUCUCCUGCCAAUUUGGACUUCAACGUUUGAUUCUGCGAUGUCUGCGAGGUUAAGAAGUCCAGUGAGGGACAAAAGAAUCAUAAAUUUAGCAGCUGAAAUUGCAGAGACAAAGGACAGGGGAACUCCUAUACUUCUGUUGAAUUUGAGAGAAAUACUUGCAUCAGCACCAAAAGGAAGCAAGGAUGGAAUCAGAAUUAGAAAUGAAUGUUGGGAAUUCAAUAUCCUCCAAGUACUUGUGCUAAUUCUAAAACAAGAUUUCAGCAUUAUUGAUGGAGACUGGCAGACUGCAGCAUCGUUAUCAGCUAUUCUCAGUCAGAUAUGCCUAGGAAUAGAUCUUGAAGAAGAGUCCCAAAAGAAAAAGUAUAAUGAGGAAUUUCUUCCUGAAGCCAUCAAUAAUUUGUUUUUGGUCACGAGGAGGAUACAAGCGAGACAUGGCAAUAUUCCAGACAGACCAAGUCUACAAAAAGACAGACAAAGACUAAUGAUGUGUUACAAGGGAGUGCUAGAAUCAAUAGCUCAAAUUACAUAUGGAUAUCCAGAACUGGCUUCAGAAGUUCUGGAGAGUCCCUGGCUGUUACAGUUACUUAUAUCUGAUGACCCUAGUACAGUCUCUGGAGUAAUGGAACUUCUCCCCAAAAUUCUACGAUGUAACAAAAAUGUUAUAAAUAAAAUUGACAAGAAACUGAAGUUCAGCAUUAUGGAUGAAUUGAUAUACAAACUUACUGUCAACAAAGAUGCUGCCAUAGCUUCGUCUGCUACCAAAUGUGUCUUAAAAAUCUGUGAUAUACAUAAGCCAAUGAUUGAUGUUCUCUGUACUAGAUACAAAGGAUUGAAGCCUAUUCUUAACAAAUGGGAGAAUGCAGGAUUUGGACGGGAUCUACGAGAACUCAUGAUGAUGUUACAGGCUGGAAACGCCAAACAAGCAGAAUCAGAAAGAUUUGCCCGAGCAGCUGUAGUCAUUCAGACAAUAUGGAGAGGGUUCAUUACAAGGAAGAAACUCAGGAAAGCUGACAAAGCCUUCUCCAAGUUCCAGAAUACGUACAGGAGGCGACAAAUUGUGAUGGAGCGAAGGAAGGAGGAGGCGAGACAAGCGUUAGAACUGGAGAGGAGACUGAAGCUCAACAGACAAAAGAUACUGAGAGAAUUCAAAGAAAAACAACUCCACACGAUAGAAAUAUUGCCAGCAGCUCAUGUUGAGAAGUAUCUGCAGAAUGAGCAGAUUCAGGCAGCCAUUAAAAUCCAGAGGAACUGGCGAGGAUUCCACUCCCGUCAGACAAUGGAUGAGAAAAAGGUCCUCAUUCACCGCUACAAGGCAGCCGUUAUAUUACAAAGGGGGGUGAGGAAAUGGCUGGAGAAGAUGAGAAAGAAGAGAGAGAGAUUUCAUUUCACAAUUAAACCACCGGGAUUGACAGAAAACAGAAGAGUGGAGCUACAACAACAGAUAACACAGUUCAGGGACGAGAAUCCAGUAAGUCUCCGUAGAUAGUUUAUUGUGCCC